AGCAGGUUCAACCAUCCGUCCUAUGAGUGAAUGGAGAUGGGUAAACACUAGCGGCUCAGUGUUUUAUAUAUAACUCACAUUUCUACACUGACGGGGGUUUACAUUAAGUCAAACCUCAGACGCAGUUCGCUAAUUAAGAAGAGACUUGACCCUUCCUUCAAUUAGACCACACCGGCUUUUUUUGUUCCCGUCCGUCAUGGCGAUAGCUCACGUAGCCACCGAGUACGUGUUUUCCGACUUUCUGCUGAAGGACCCCACGGAGGCCAAGUACAAAGGGGUGCGUCUGGAGCUGGCGGUGGACAAAAUAGUCACGUUUCUCGCGGUGGGGCUGCCUUUGUUUCUCAUCUCCCUCGCUUUUGCUCAGGAGGUGUCAGUGGGUACCCAGAUCAGCUGCUUUGCUCCCACUAACUUCUCUUGGAAGCAGGCUGCAUAUGUGGACUCGUUUUGUUGGGCAGCAGUACAGCAACAAGAUGACGGCUCAUCACUAUGGCUGCACAAGUUCUUCCCUUACACCCUGCUCUUACUGGCCAUCCUCCUGUACAUCCCGGCCCUGUUCUGGCGCUUCACUGCUGCCCCGCACCUCUCCUCCGACCUGAACUUCAUCAUGGAGGAGCUUGACCGCUUUUAUAACCGCUCCAUCAGACUAGCCAAGAAUAUAGCGACCUUGGAUAGCAAAUGUUCGUCUGAGGACACACAGAGUGCUCUGGAUCUGACUGAGGGUUGCUUCAAAUACCCUUUAGUGGAGCAGUAUCUGAAGACCAAGCGCUUAACACACUCUCUCGUGAUGAAGUACCUCUCAUGUCGGGGCCUGACUCUGCUCAUCCUCCUGCUGGCCUGCUUCUUCCUCGGCUACUACAUCCGUCUGGCCUCUCUGACCGAUGAGUUCCCCUGCGACCUGCGUACAGGGGUGCUGAAGAACAACAGCAUGCUGCCGGCUGCGGUGCAGUGUAAGCUCGUAGCAGUGGGGGUCUUCAGGCUGCUCAGCUACAUCAACCUUGGGGUGUAUGCACUUCUCACUCCGCUGGUAGUGUACGCUGCUAUUGGACCGGCUCGCCAGAGCUCCAACUUCCUCCGACCAUAUGUGCUGCUGCCGGGCUUCGGUGCUUUGGGCUUGGUGACGCCCUUCUACAACGACCUCAGCAUCUACCUGUUGUUCCUGGAGGAGAAUCUGAGCGAACUCAAGUCAUUUAAGUGUCUGCAGGUUUUGGAGUUGUUGCAAGAGGCCGGUGAGGAGGGCUUUGACACCAUGUGUCUGCUGCGCACUCUGAGUCAGGUGAAGACUGAUGUGUUGGACGGUAAGAAGGCGUGCCCACUCAAGAACAAGAAAGAAACUAACAAGGCAGAAUGAUGAUUCCACUGAGAUCUUUCUGUCUUAUUCCUGAAUGGUUGACCUGAUCAGGAUAAACCCUGCUCUGAAAAAAACAGGUGCACUUAAAUCUAAGUGCACCUGUCUUUCUGGUGCUGCAUUUACCAAAACGGAGGAGGCCUUUGGUCCCUGACAGAGUUUGUAUUCAUUUGACAACAGAUAUUUUACCUCUCAGAAGUCUUAUUUUUAGUAGAUGUAAAUACUCCAAGGACAGGUUUCUCAAAUCUUUAGGAAUCUAUUUCUGACGACUGAACUAGUUUUUUCCUGAAAUUUACUUCUAUUUUUUUUCUACAUUUUCUACUUUUCUCAGGAUCUUAAAUGCCUUCCAAUAAUAAUGUAGAAUAUAAGCCAUGUUCCUUGGACUGAUAUCUGUACAUUCAUAUUCCAGUUUCAAGCCCCCACUUCCUGCCCUCUAUGUUAGAAUGAAAGAUGUUUCUGACCAUAGGGUAUCGAUGUAUUUAUAGCUGAGUUAAAGUAAGAAGAAGGUGUAGUGGUGUCCAUCCAGAGUAAGCAUUAAAUUAACAUUGAGUUGUUAGGUAUUAUAAGAAACACUGGAGCAGUUUUGACUAGAAAGUAUGUGAUUAUUUAAGUGUGAUGUUAACAACAGGUGGUGUACUGUAUGUGCAUGUUGAAAGACCCCGGGUUGUGAUGGCAGCUCUGUGUUUUAAAGGAUAGAUGAAUUAAUAUAUUCAUUUCGGGAAUAAAAUGUCAAUAACAUCUGUUGUCAGAGAUAAAGUCUCUCAGAGGAAGUGAUUAUCUUAAAUAUUGUUGUUUUUAAUUAUAUCCAUG